UGGCUGUCAAGCUAUUGGCCAGUGAACAUGAAGCACGAGGAGAGGAUGGGAUUCCAAAAAAUUAUUUGUUUCUUAACUGGGCGAGAAAGAAUCAGUGCUUUCGUGGUUCAAGUGAAGAAAAAAUUCCACUAUGAAUAGAACUAUUUAAGUAUUUGAAGGGGACGAUUUGGGUCCCACAAAAAAGCAAAGAGCAUGCAGUUGCUGUAUCACUAUUAGCCUUGCAAGUCAGGAAUAUGGGCUCUCUCUUUAUAAUCCCAACUUCUGCACACCAAGUGCUCGACAAACUGCCAGGCGGCCACUUCCUUAUAGACACCGAGUCGAAUGACUGAGCCGACGACAUUAAGAGCAAGCGGAGAGAUGAACCAGUGGGUGGUCGACAUCAAUGCUGAAAUCUGCAAGCACAGCAAUGCUAAAAGCCAAGAAGAGCAGUCCAGGAAGAAGCGGUCCAUCUACAGGCUCCCUUCCCUCAUCUCCGAAACCAAGAAGGGACCCUACCAGCCCCAAGCAGUGUCGUUCGGGCCGAACCAUCACGGGGAGCUUCACCUGAUGCCCAUGGAGGAACACAAGCACCGCGCUCUCCUCAAUUUCGUGCAUAGAUCGCCUCUGCCUCUGGGCGUAAUCUUCAACGCCAUGGUCGAAGUGGCGCAGGAGCUCAAGGAUUCGUACAGCUCGCUCGAUUCCAAGUGGCAAGAUACUGAAAAAUUUGUGAAGCUAAUGAUUAUCGAUGGGUGUUUCAUGCUGGAAAUAUUGCGAGCAGCGGCACAAAAGUCUGAGAGUGAUAGGGAGACACAGGAGCGUGGGUGUGAUUAUUCCAAGGACGAUCCCAUAUUCGGCUCCCACGGGGAACUUUAUGCCAUGCCGUUUACCAGGCAGGAUAUGUUGCUCUUAUUUUUAAUUAUAAAAUAAUAUAAUUAAAAAUAAGAUAUAGUAAAUAAAUAUUAUUUAAAAUUAGCAAUGAUUAAUUAUCCUCUUUGUAAUUAAGCUUUGUGUGAA